UCAGCGGAUGCUUACACUUGUACUCCAUGUGUAGAGGGUUACUGGUCUGAUGAAAUGAGCAUAAUCUGCAAAAAGCGCACUAUUGUCUAUCUUCAACUCGAGGACCCUCUGUGCAUGUUAUUCUUCGUAUGUGCUGUGGCCUUCAUUGUUGUCUCCAUUGGACUCAUAAUCCUUUUUGGCAUCAACUACAACACUCCUGUGGUAAAGUCUGCUGGUGGUAAUAUGUGCUUGCUUAUGUUAUUUUGUUUGAUUCUGGCCAACAUUGGGGUGUUCUUUUACUUUGGAGUACCAGACCCAGUGAAUUGUGUUUUAAGGAAUGUCUUUUUCAUAUUUUUCUACACUAUUUGCCUUUCUUGUAUGGGUGUACGUUCCUUUCAAAUUGUUUGUGUCUUCAAAAUGGCUGCCCAGUUUCCAGAUGUCUAUCACUGGUGGAUGAAGAACAAUGGUCAGUGGCUCUGUAUUAAUGUCUACUCUUUCAUACAGCUUGUUGCUUGUGGGAUAUGGCUUCUAACUGGAAGACCCAAACCCUACAAUGACAGUACUUCUUUUAAAGAUCAGACUAUUUUGACAUGUGAUAUGGGAUCAAUGGUCACAUCCACCUUGGCUUGGUCUUGUCUCUGGUUUCUUAGUAUAGUCUGUUUCUGUUUCUCCUACAUGGGCAAAGAUCUUCCAAAAAGUUAUAAUGAAGCAAAGAACAUAACGUUUAGCUUGCUUGUAUUUUAUCUGGGCUGGAUUGCAUAUUUCACAGCAUACAUUGUGUUCAGAGGAGCUUACAUACAGCUUCUUAAUGCAGUUGCACAGCUGUCCAGUUCAUAUGGAAUUGUUAUAAGUUUCUAUAUGCCAAGGGCCUACAUCAUUAUUUUCCAACCCAAAAAGAACACCCAGGCAUACUUUCAGUCAUCAAUCCAGACAUAUACACAGACUCUUAGCAGAAUGUAGACUU